AUGGCAUCUCUCAAAAUUCCUGCAAAUGGUCCUCUUCCCGAAGAAGACUCCGAGCAGCUCCACAAGGCCUUUAAAGCUAACUACAAUAAAAACCUUCUCAACGAAUUAGACAAAGAGCUAUCCGGUGACUUUGAGAGAGCUGUGAUGUUGUGGACUCUUGAGCCAGUGGAGAGAGAUGCAUAUUUGGCCAAAGAAUCUACCAUGAUGUUCACCAAAAACAACUUGGUUCUUGUUGAAAUUGCUUGUACUAGACCUGCCCUUGAGUUUUUCAAAGCCAAGCAAGAAUACCAAGCUCGCAACAAGACCUCUCUCGAGGAGGAUGUCGCAUACCACACAUCUGGAGACAUCCGAAAGCUAUUGGUUCCUCUUGUGAGCACCUUUAGGUACGAUGGAAAUGCUGAUGAGGUCAACAUGAAGCUGGCUUCUUCUGAAGCUAAGACACUUCACAAGAAGAUUACUGAGAAGGCUUACACUGAUGAAGAUGUCAUUAGAAUCUUGACAACAAGAAGCAAAGCUCAGAUCGGAGCAACGCUCAAUCACUUUAAGGACAAGUUUGGAAGUUCUAUAAACAAGUACUUAAAGGAAGAUUCAGAAAAUGAAUAUGUUCAAUUGCUCAAAACCGUGAUCAAAUGCUUGACCUAUCCAGAGAAGUACUAUGAGAAGGUUCUACGUCGAGCCAUCAACAAGGUGGGAACAGAUGAGUGGGCACUCACUAGAGUGGUCACUACACGAGCAGAAGUCGACAUGGAAAGGAUCAAAGAGGAAUACUUACGCAGAAACAGUGUUCCUCUUGAUCGAGCCGUUGCUAAUGACACUUCUGGCGACUACAAGGACAUGCUUCUCGCCCUUCUCGGUUAUGACCAUUCUUGA